AAUUGCAACGAGGUAACCGCAAGAUCCUCCCGAGUCUUCAAUGGGGCCCUUGUUCUUCAAGCCCCUCAGCUACUCAUGAUGGCCCGGAGGGAUGAAGGGAAAAGAUCAAAUUCAGAGUACCUGUCAAACGGAAUCGACACCAUCCCGCGCCGCUCAUCCUUCGAACCCAAGCAGCCGUUCCCGCCUCUCCCCGCGGACGAUUUCGCGACCAACACUGUCGAGGUACAAACCAACACAUAUACCGAGAAUGACGACAACCAGGACCUGCCGUCGCCCUUGCACGCAGACAUAGAAGCCGAGGACGAUGCAGACUUCCAAUCGCAAUACUCUCUGGACGACCAAUCAUUCUCCGAUGCAUCCACGGACUCGGAGCCAUCGCCGGAGGAUGGCAUCUCCAUGCAUCAUCCAUUCCGGCAGUCGUCCGGCUCACUGCACGGUCCGAACGCGUUUGCACCUCCAUUCUACAAUCGCCCUCCGACACCACUACCACCGUCUCCCUCGUUGACCUCUCUCCUUCGCCCUCCGUUCUCCACCACCACUUCGCGACCGACCACCCCCGACAGCUCGGAUGUGGAAACGCCCAACGACACGGAGGCUGCUGUCGCGAAGUCCGCGCGGCGGGCAACAACAGUCCCACGGGCUAGCCCCAAGGUUCCGACAUAUGAAUACUACGGCUUCGUUCUGUAUCUUGCGUCCUCGUUGGCCUUCUUGAUUUACAUCCUUUGGUCCUACCUCCCCUCCCCCUUCCUUCACCAACUCGGUAUAUAUUACUAUCCCAAUCGAUGGUGGUCACUGGCCUUCCCUUCCUGGCUAGUCAUGUCUAUCAUCUACAUCUAUGUUGCGCUAGCCUCCUACAACACCGGCUAUCUCACGCUGCCGAUGAACAGCGUGGAGAAUAUCGUGGAUGAGGUGGCCAAUGUCGCAGUCAUUGACGGCAAGGGUCGACGACGACCCGGGGGCGGAGCCAAGAUGAGGCCCGGUGCGACAUCGUACCAGAUCAUGGGCCCGCAGAACCGCAAGAUCAACUGGAAGGAGAUCUGGAGCGAAGGUACAGAUGCUGUGCUGGAUGUUCCUGUGGGCGGUGUCUGUGAGGUUCUGUACGGGCAGGAAAGGGAUGAUGAUGAGUCAUGUGAAGAAUUUGUUGAGUACUCAUGAAUUGAGUUGCGGCGCAAUUCGCGUCGAGAUAAUGAUUGAAUGGCAGGAAUGUGCCAGCUCGGACCUCAGCCUGUCGCGGAUGCGCUUCUCCUGACUCUUCUUAUCGUAGUUACUUCCUUAUCAUCACGUGAAAGGAACCACAGCCCUCUCUCCCUUUUUGUGCGUCCAUCCUCUCCUAGUGGUAAAAUGCGCAGAAUUGACGAACCUUCCAUGUAAGACUUGACCGUUUCCUAGAAGUUUUUUGUGGCUGUUGUAGAGGUAGGUAUUGAGGUCUAGAUGCGGCGAGACUUGC